UGCAGCGCCCAUUAUGAAAGACACCGGAGGAAGUCAGUGCUCUCGCCCAGAAGUGCGGGGAUCCCAUGCUGGAGAAAGCGGCUCCUGCUUUAGUCCUGAACUUUAAGGAAGAAACCGGAGCACACAGACAGAAUGUCCAGCUCACAGUUUAACAAAGGACCCGCGUAUGGAUUUUCUGCAGAAGUCAAAAGCAAAAUUGCCCAGAAGUAUGAUCCUCAGAAAGAGGAGGAAUUGCGGAUUUGGAUCGAAGAUGUGACCGGACGCACCAUCGGGGACGACUUUCAGAAAGGUCUGAAGAACGGGGUCAUCCUGUGCGAACUGAUCAAUAAGCUGAAGCCUGGCUCUGUGAAGAAGAUAAACCAGUCCUCUCAAAACUGGCACCAGCUGGAGAACCUGUCAAACUUCAUCAAAGCCAUCACCACAUAUGGGAUGAAGCCACAUGACAUCUUUGAAGCCAAUGACCUGUUUGAGAGUGGCAACAUGACCCAGGUGCAGACCACGCUUCUGGCCCUGGCCGGCAUGGCCAAGACUAAAGGCCUUCAGACCUCUGUGGACAUCGGGGUGAAGUAUGCAGACAAGCAGGAGAGGGCCUUUGGUGAGGAGAAGAUGAAAGCUGGACAGUGUGUGAUUGGGCUUCAGAUGGGCACUAACAAGUGUGCCAGCCAGGCGGGCAUGAACGCCUAUGGCACGAGGAGGCACCUGUAUGACCCCAAGGCACACAUCCGGGCCCCGAUGGACAACUCCACCAUCGGUCUCCAGAUGGGAACCAACAAAGGAGCCAGCCAGGCUGGCAUGACGGCUCCUGGAACCAGACGUGCCAUUUACGACCAAAAGCUGGGCACUGACAAAUGCGACAACAGCACCAUGUCACUGCAGAUGGGGUACACUCAGGGCGCCAACCAGAGCGGCCUGAACUUUGGUCUUGGCCGCCAAAUCUACGAUGCCAAGUACUGCCCCAAGGGUGAAAUGGGGGAUGACCAGAAUGGCGUGACGGCGGGGGGCUAUACUCAGGAGUACCAGGACGAGGGCUACCAGGGGUACCAAGAGGAGGGGCAGGACUACUAGAGCGAUCAUCGGGGUGAAGGAAGAAGCUGCUUAGAUUUAGGGUGACUGUCCUUAAACGAUGUUUCUGCUUUAAAAAAAAAAAAAACCUGCUCCUUAUUUUGGACCAAUUUUUAAUGUGAACAUCUCUCUGAAAUGCAUUAUUCUGUCACCUGUAUUUCUGGACACGUCAUGCACAGGAUUGAAUAUAUUGGUUUUAGACUCGGAGCUGAAAACAUUCUUUUUUUCCUUUGGUGUAUCAUAUGUUUUACUCUAAGUGUCUCCCCUUUUUAUACGGUCGCACCAAAUGCAGAAAGGCUUUGAGAAUCCAAACCAUUAUACAUGAAAGUACUGUUGAUAGCUCUCUGCCUUUGUACCUAUUCUGCUGAAUUAUGCUGUGACUCUGCCUGUGAUGUCAGAGUUUCUGUAGCGAAUAAUGAGUAUUCAGAGGCUCAGGUAGCUGUUAUUUUAGACGUCAAUGUAAGGAUGAUUGGUGUAGUGUUACGUUUUGACAGAAGGUUUUUAUAAGAAAUACUUCUAUUAAAAUUUGAGCUUUUUAAUUUUUUUGAUUGUAUGAUUGCAGACUUUUUAAUAUAAAGGGAACAAUUUGCCAUCUCAAUUCUGGACCAAUUUCUCCCUGAAAUGAAUGACAUAAUGUCCAUUUUUAAAUGUUAGCUGUCAGACUCUAGGAAAUAUGAAGCUGUAUUAUCUAAUAUUUCAGUAUUUGUUCCAUGCCAUUCUUUCUAUGAACUGUGUACCAUUUCAUGUACAAAGCUUUCAACUGAUUUGCUGAUAUGGCAGAACUGCAAUAAAUUAAGUUUAUACAAUG